AUGUUCACUUUCAGCCCACUACAAGGCGCAUUGUCAGAAUCGACGGCAUCGCAAUCGCUCCUGGAACUCGAUGGGGGUGUGAAGGUGUUGAUAGAUGUCGGUUGGGAUGAGGCGUUUGAUGUCGAGAAGCUGCGCGAGUUGGAAAAGCAAAUCCCCACGCUCUCCUUGAUACUACUCACUCACGCGACUGUGGACCACCUUGGUGCAUACGCCCAUUGUUGCAAGAACUUCCCUCUCUUCACUCGCGUCCCAGUCUAUGCGACACGCCCCGUCAUCGACCUCGGCCGCACCCUGACCCAAGAUCUCUACGCUUCGACCCCUGUGGCCGCGACAACGAUAUCCCCCACUUCGCUCGCCGAGGCAUCAUACUCGUAUGCGCAGACGUCAUCCGCCGACCAUAAACUCCUCCUGCAACCGCCAACCCCAGAGGAGAUCGCACGUUACUUUUCUCUCAUCCAGCCUCUCAAGUACUCUCAACCCCACCAACCGCUGCCGUCGCCCUUCUCUCCGCCCCUCAACGGGCUGACAAUCACCGCCUACAACUCGGGCCACACACUUGGAGGAACGAUCUGGCAUAUACAACAUGGCCUCGAGUCCAUCGUUUAUGCCGUCGACUGGAACCAGGCCCGUGAGAAUGUCUUCUCCGGUGCCGCUUGGUUGGGGGGAGGUCACGGAGGCGCAGGAGGGGCCGAGGUUAUUGAACAGUUGAGGAAACCAACGGCGCUGGUAUGCAGCAGCCGCACGCCCGAGACGGCACUCCCACGUGGCCGGCGUGACGAGCAGCUCCUAGAGUCAAUCAAACUCUGCAUCGCCAGGGGUGGGACGGUGCUGAUCCCCGUGGACUCGAGCGCAAGAGUGCUCGAGCUCUCGUAUUUUCUGGAACACGCGUGGAGGGCCGAGAUUGCGAAGGACAACGAGGUCUUCAAGUCGACAAAGGCUUACCUGGCUGGCCGCACCAUUAACAGUACCAUGAGGAAUGCGAGGAGUAUGCUGGAAUGGAUGGACGACAGCAUCGUGAGAGAAUUUGAGGCUGUGGCUGGUGGUCAAAGGGGAAACGGAGGCAGCGGUGGCGGUAAGGGCAAGGAUGCUGGCCCUUUCGAUUUCAAGUAUCUGAGGCUGCUGGAGCGGAAAGCGCAGGUUGAGCGUGUCCUACAGCAAGCGGCGGAUGCCUCGGAGCCAAAAGGCAGGGUUAUUGUCGCUACCGACUCGAGCCUGGAGUGGGGGUUCUCCAAGGAGGUCAUGCGAGCGAUUGCUGGAGACCCCAGGAACCUUGUCAUCCUUACUGAAAAGCCCAGCCUCAACCCGAACACGCCGUCGAUCGCUCGGACACUAUGGGAAUGGUGGAGGGAGAGAAAGGAUGGCGUCGCGGUGGAGCAAACGAGCAAUGGCGACACCUUUGAGCAGGUCUACGGGGGUGGGCGCGACCUCGAAGUGGGCCAUGCGACGCGGCAAGCACUGGAAGGCGGCGAACUUGAUAUCUACCAACAGUGGCUAGCAACACAGCGCCAGCUGCAAGCGACGUUGCAGAGCGGCGGCACGGCUGCCCUAGAAUCCGCCGCCGAUGUUGUGGACGAUGCCUCGGAAACCACAACCGAAUCUGAGGAGUCCGAGACGGAACAGCAAGGGAAGGCCUUGAACGUGUCCACAACAAUAGGUCAGGCGAGCCGCAAGAAGGUGGUUCUGAAAGACGAAGACUUGGGCAUCACGAUCUUGUUCAAGAAGAAGGGCGUCUACGAUUUUGAUGUCAGGGGGAAGAAGGGGAGGGAACGCAUGUUCCCCACCGUUAUGCGGCGGAAACGCAACGACGAGUUCGGCGAGCUUAUCAGGCCCGAAGAAUAUCUGCGGGCGGAGGAGCGGGAAGACGCCGAGGGGCAGGACGAGAGGCAGGACGGCAACCGGCACGAUCAGGGCCUCGGCAAGAAGCGCAAGUUUGACGACGUUGGCGCGUCCAAGGGAGCCCCGGGGGCCAACAAACGGUCCCAAGGCAAGCGCGCUGCUUCUGACGAGCCAGAGGCUGCUGCGUUAUCCGACGGCCAUGCCGGCGACGAGCUCGACGAGCUGGAAGACGAGGAGGAAGCCGUGAUCGGCCCGGCCAAGCUGGUGGUCACGUCACAAACCGUCUCGGUCCAGCUCCGCAUCGCCUUUGUCGACUUCAGCGGCCUCCACGACAAGCGCAGCUUGAACAUGCUGAUCCCAUUGAUCCAGCCACGCAAGUUGAUCCUCGUCGCGGGGGCAGAGGAGGAGACGCUGGCGCUCGCGGCCGACUGCAAGAAGUUGCUGAGCGCCCAGCUCGCAUCGGGGUCGUCCCAGAGCGCCAUCGACGUGUUCACUCCGGCCAUGGGCGCCACCGUCAACGCCUCAGUCGAUACCAACGCCUGGGUGGUCAAGCUAGCUGACCCCUUCGUCAAGCGCCUUAAGUGGCAGAACCGACAAAAGCUCGAAGGCACCCCCGCAACCGAAACACCAGCAGCCGCAACCGACGGCACCCUCACCACCACCAACUCCAGCCCCAACAACAACAAACCCACCCUCCCCACCCUCGACGUCCUCCCACCCACCCUGGCCUCUGCCGUGCGGUCGGCCGCGCAGCCGCUGCACGUGGGCGAUCUGCGACUGGCGGACCUGCGGCGGGCGAUGUUGGGGGCCGGACACCGGGCCGAGUUCCGCGGCGAAGGCACGCUGCUGAUUGAUGGCACGGUGGCGGUGCGCAAGACGGCGACGGGGAGGAUUGAGAUUGAGAGUGUGGGGUUGCCAUUGGUGGUGGGUGGUGGUGGUGUGGGUGGGGGGAGGGGUGGCGUGGGUGGGAUGGGGACGUUUUAUGAAGUGAGGAGGAAGAUUUAUGAGGGGUUGGCUGUGGUGGCGGGGGCGUGA